AUGUCAAACAAAAAGCGCCAGAGUUCUACUUCGGACGGGCGAGGAGACGCCAAAUUGCAAGCGACGAAGCGGAACAAAGGCGAUGCAGCAACUAGUUCCGGGACACUUUCACUUGAUGUCGUGAUGAAGCCUACAUCUACAUCUUCUUCACGGACUGAACAAGAAGUUGUUCUGCAGCAGGAGGAAGCUGCUGCGGAGAAGCAAAAGAAGGACCUUGCUGUGAAAGCUAGAUACCUCUCUGCCGACAUCGGUUCGCUGCUUGAGGAUGUCUCCUUUCUUGACUGGUUGUUUCAUGAGACUGUCCGCAUCCGCAAGAGGUGCAUAGUUGAUCAGGAGAAGUACGACCAAAGACAGCAGACUUUGAAUGAGAAGCUGGAAAGAGCCUCCAAAAAGCAGUUGCGACGUUUCCAAAAGGACCUAGAGAUCGAGCAUGGUGCGCAGAUCGCGAAGCAAAGGUUCGACGAACAACGCGCCGAAUUGGAGCACACAUUGGACCCGAAGUCAAGGGGAAAUGCGGUGCAAUGGCUGACAGAGGAGGAAUUCAAAGAGUGGACGCAGAAACGCCCAGAACUGCAAACGGACGACCACGAUGUUUUGGACAGGUUUUUGUCGGUUUUGAGUAUUUUCUCUCUACAACCUAAUCGGGCAACGACGCCCUUCUGGUUUCGGCUGUUGGCUAGCGCUGAUUCGGAAUUACCAUUUCGGGACUUACUGGAUAAGGCACAUCGGAAACGACUAUUCGAAUUUCGAUGGUGGGCAGAUUUUUCGUGGGUGCGUGGAGGAGCUGCAAGAAAUGUGCCUGAAAAAUACUACUUCAGUGGCUCUUGGUCAGGUCUUUAUCUGGAUGUGGAUCACGAAGAACAGCAGCAACCGAUGAAGGCAAUUACCGAAAAUGGUGCAGCUGCUAUUAAAAACGCAGGAGGUGGAGACCUAGUACAACAACGAGUUGGUAUAAUUUUGCCUUCAUGGGAAGCUCCGGAACGUAUGAGUCGCGACAAUGCAAUUCCAGACUUAGGCAAGCGCGUCUUUAGGGAGUACAGUAAUUUGCUCCUCCAAAUGGUCGGCAGUGACAUCAAAGCCGCUAAGCCUAUUCUUUCGAGUUUAGUCGCUGCCCUCAGUUGGUCGAACCAGCAAGAUCGUGUGGGCCAGAGGAUUUUCAUCCUAGGACAGGAAUUCGCGGACGGGAAAGCUCUGAAAGAAGAAUGUAGGAACUUGAUGAAGGAAUAUGCAACAAGUGGCGAGUACUUGUUGGAAGACGACUACCUGUUCAUGCGGGAAUUGUUCUCGUUUCAUCCCCAGUUCAGCGGAGGAGACCCAAUGCCACGAGUGUCAUCGCGAAAAGAUCUUCCACUGCACAAUAGCAAGGGUCAUACAACUAGUCUUGCUGCUGGUGCAUCAACUAGUGUUGCUGGAGAAUUAUCGAAGACGACUAGUAGUAGCUCAUCUAGCAGCACAUCUACUAGUCGGGGUAAUAUUGGCACUACACCAGCAGCAAAGGGACGACUAGUACACCAGCAACAGAAGGAAC